AGUUGUGCGGACCCCCGGUUGGGUCCCGGUUUGCAACUCGUCUCGGCGAUAUAAGGGGCUGCAAUAACAGCUUGUCGUCAGACAAUCGGGAGAGGCCUGCGGAAGGUGGCACGGUGCCUGUCUGGAGACAACACCAAAUUAUCGGCAAAGAUGCGGGCCAGCUGCCUGCUGUUGGUCGUCCUGGGAGCGGCGCUGGCCGCCGAGAAGGACGCCAAGGAGGACAUCCGCGGCUCGCGCACGUUCGGAAACCUGAUCGGCCUGAUCGGCCUGAGGCCGAAGCCGGUGGUGCGGCCGGUGGUGCACGUGCAGGCGGCCCCGGCUCCGUCGGUGGUCGUCCUGCCGGCCAGCACCAUCACCGUCUCGCAGCCCGCUCCCAAGCCCGUCUACAAGCCGGUUGUUAAACCGGUCGUCCAGCACGUUGUUAAGCCCGUCGUCCAGCCUGUAGUUCAGCAAGUUGUCCAGCCUGUCGUCCAGCCUGCUCCUCAGCCCAUUGUCCUCCACCCUGCUCCUCAGCCCGUUUACCAGCCCGUGUCGGAACCCCUGUACCAGCCUGUGGUGGAACAGCCCGUGUACCCGAGUCCCGUACCUGUGUACCCCGAUCCCGCUCCCGUGUACCCCACCCCGGCCCCUGUGUACCCCAACCCUGGUCCGGUCCACCCCACCAUUGGCCCCGUCCACCCGCAGCCCGACCAGGGCGGUCUGGUGUUCUCGUGGCACGUGCCGGAGCUGGCCGGUCGUCAGUUCACCUGGGGGCAGGCCGACGCGGAGUGCAAGGCCCGCGGACUCCGACUGGUCUCCAUCGAUAACCCCAGGAAGAAUGACUUCAUCAGCCGCUCACUCGAGAAAGACAGCAUUCCGUUCACCUGGACGUCGGGCCAGCUGGGCGGCCCCACCGGCUGGCAGUGGUCGGCCACCGGCCAGCCGGUGCAGUAUACCAACUGGGGGCGCGUCGGGCAGCUGGGCCGGCCGCAGCCGGACAACGCAGAGGGCAACGAGCACUGCCUGGCCGUGCUGAACCGCUUCUACCCGGGCGACGGCGUCACCUGGCACGACAUCGGCUGCCACCACCCAAAGCCGUUCAUCUGCGAGUGACCGCCCUCCAUCUGCGAGUGACCGCCCUCGCAGCGGUGAAGUCAUAGCGCAGGCGCACGCUUCCUCAUGAACAAAUGUUAUUUGUCGUAUGUGUUACUUCUUAAUCAUGAAAAUAUGUCAUUUGUCAUGUGUGUUACUUAUCAUGGGCUGUGUUGACUGCCUCGUGAUGUAACUCGUGUUAGUUCAUUUCAUCUAAAUGUUUCUCAUUUGUCGUAUGAUAUACAUCAUGUGGAUGUGUUCCUGGCUCUGGCCUCUGCGUAUAGGUAUACCUACAUGAGCACAGUUGCAAUUAGGUGUACAAGUUGCCAUAUGCCGUAGUUUUGCAGUCAUCAAGUGCCAUCUCGUUAGGCCUCGGUGAAGUCUGUUACUGCCGGUUUAUUCAUUUUUGCAGCCGUCAGUACCUUAGUUUGUUGACGAUCAUCUAAAUACAAUGCAAAUACAAGUAUAUGUGUUCCGAUCAUGCCCCCAUCGAAAGAAAGCCAUGCGUCAUGUUGGCAAUACAAAAGAAUCAUACCAGUACUUGCGUUUUGUGUGAAUACCUCCGCUAGCAUCAAUAACCACUAUGCUUACCAGAAUGAAACGGCUUAAUGAAAGUUUAAAACUCAUACCGAUCCAUAAUCAAUGAAACUACAGCUAAGACGGUGAUCCCCAUACAUAUCUCCAAGCUUUGAUAGGUAUUAGACUGGGUGUAAAUCGAACAACUCUUUUAUUGUAUUGUCCAUCACCUAUAACAGUGACUCCAGCUUUGCAUUUUGCAAUUUGAAUUGUGUCAGCUUGCUUCGAUAGUCGUUCAAACCGAACAAGCGGGCAUGUUACUAUUUGGUAUAUAAUUUUAGUCUUGUAGCAUGCAUGCAACAUUUUCAACAAGAAAAUAAAUAUAAAAGAGCAUAAAUCACAGCCUGCUUUGUUAGCACACACUUGCGUCGCAACAUUUAUUGCUCAGCGAGCUGUGAGAUGUCAGCCACUCAGCCGCAUAUCGAUUUUGUAUUGGUGAUUAUAAAUGAGACUCAUGCCUAUUAGAUUGCAUCAUACCUGUUUGAUUGUAAAUAAACUGCAUUGAAAAA